AUGUGGCAGUCAUCAGGCGGAAGAGUGGAAAAUGUCCCUUACCGGCCACCGCCUAGUAAGCCUUUCGUCCCAGGAGUGAAGUCGGCAUCGACCGAGGAUCACAACGGCGAGCUCGUGCAUAUCACAUGGAUGGCCAAAGAAGGAGCCGAAGAUUACUAUGCCAGGGGGCUUCCUCCAUUUCCUUUCCAGGUCUACAUCUUGAACGCUGCAAAGGAAACAUUGAAAAAUCACGACUUUCCACACCAGUUCGUAGAGUGGAUUGACCAAUGCCAAUGUCUACGAAACCCCAACAUCGACGCCCACUUCGAGUUCUAUUUGAGCGGAUUCAAUAGCGUUCUCAGCUGUAAAGCGCACCAGCACAGAGAGAUUGAGUGCCGCAAUCGCAACGCAAUCUGGCCGCGUCUGGUCGCCAACCCGACCAGGAGGCUUGAUUCGGACUACCAGGGCUUCAUAGUCGUCGUAGACAGAGAUGACUGGCAAGCUAACGGCGUUGUCGUUGUCACCUUUGGUGGCCGAGCUAUUAACGAGGCGGAAUUCCACUCGCCUCGCGGAGACGAGACUGUCCUGUGGGCGGAAAGGAUCUAUACGCCGGACGACCUAGGAAAUGAACUAAUGAGAGCCUGGUCUGCAGCUGGUGGUACCUGGGCUCAGUCGAGCCUCGACAGGCACAACAAUGGCGGACAGUCGCCGGCUUUGUACCCAGCCGUGGAUCCAUCCGCUCAUCACGAUGCGGAGCAUGACGACAACCACGCCAACGAAAGUGCCAAUGGCUUGUUCGUCAGCAGCUCUUCGGAAUCAAACUCCGUCGAAGUUGACAACUCGCGACCGGCAUCUCUUGAGCCCAGCAUGAGGGACCUGCUCAAAGUGCCGCAGGAUCUGAAAGGACUAACAACGAGCACUUAUAGUGGUCAUUCGGGUUGGGAGACCACCAGCGUCUGGAAAACGUCAUUGUCCAAGACACGGCCACCGUUCGCCUUCACACUAUAUCUUGCUUCUGACAAUAUUCCUUUUGCAGCAGAAGCUCUAUUCGCCUGCCUUGACCGCGAAUUGCUUUCAACGGCGACAUGGACCCUUGACAUCGUUCGAAACGUCCCCGACAUGCAAUCUGCUUUUCAUCACUACACACAUGAAAAGCGGCACCGAACAUCUGAGAAGACGGCGAAUAGGCUCAGGUGUGCACGGAUGCUGGCCGACAAAAUAUGCGCCUCGUUGCUGCCUGAAGAACUCGUACAACUUAUUGAAGAUAUGAUGGUUCCACCUCCUUGCUCCAACUAUUCGGCUCCGCCCGAUCGCGUGUUCCAUGACAUGUUCAUGUAUCUUGACGCCCCAAAACAGCUGACAGGACCUCAGAUAGUGUACAGCGAGAAUUUCCAGGAGCAUAUCGACCCCGAAUUCCAGCGACGACGGUGGCAUAGGGACGCCAUUGUGAAAAUGCACGUGACUGAUCUGGGGUCAUGGCGACUGGUCUCCGACGAGCUGCACAUCAUCUGGAGUCUCUGCAGUCCACGAAUAACAGUUUCAGCAGAGGAGCUACCGCAGUUCUUGGUCCGCCUCAAGUUUCCACAUGUCUGUACUCUGCAACCUCGCCAGGGUCGUCAAUAUGGUUUCGGCGACCCUUGGCCUAGGGAGGCCAAAGCAAAAGUCAGUCUACGCGGAACAGCUGAAUCCAUCGUCAUGCACGACGCCUGCCUAUUCGCUGACGACUUCUGGUACACAGCUCUGGAGAUCAGGGACGCCGACACAGGAGCGAUGAUAUCCCUACCGCCGAUAAGCUCCAACACCAUACUCGACCCGCAUCCGUCUAGUUGGUCCGAAGAUCCAUUGAUGCGCUCUUGGGAUCCUCCACACGAUCAAAAUGGCGGCAUGCUCAAAAGCACGUAUCCUCGCAAAAGAAAAACUAAUGUCCGUGUCGAAGGACGACAAGACUGGUGGUUCGCGAUGUAUGAGAUGGGAGCGCUCAAACACGGACAUGAGUACAUCGUCAAAGUCAAGAAGGACUGGGGAAUGAGAAGGUGGACAUAUGGCUCCGUGCCAGGGUUGAAGGGGCCUUACAACCUGCCACCGAUCCCGGUUCAUGGCAAGAACGAGUGUCGCUUCAAGUUCGUCGUCACCGAGGGAGGAGAACGCAAUUCCUUUCACGACGAUAUGAAUGAUGAGGAUACGGAGAAUUUGGAUGAUAGUGAUAGCUCUGAUGACGAUGAAUGA